CGCUGGGGAGAACAUGCAAAUUCCACACAGACUGUUAUAUUAAGAAUGACUUAACUGCUAACAGGCUGCCUGCUAUACUAUUGGUGGACAAUGUAUUUGAUUACAUUUGAUUAAAGCAGCACCAGAACAUUUAAGAUUUUGAGUACCUCACUGUUUCUUAAAUAUAUUACUAUAAAGGUGUUAUUUUUAAGACAAGCAAAUUGAUACCAUGUUGUCUGUCCCAUGUCACAUUCGAAACUAGGGCAACGUGUCGCUUUUAGUAUUCAUCAAGCCGCCUUCAGUUCAAGACGCGUAUGGUACAGACUUUUUGUCCGAAUGCGUCUCCCAAAUUAGCUAAUACAUGGGACACGAGAAUUACAUUGUUACUGUCAUACUCAAUCGGAAAAUUAUUUUUAUUUUAUUUUGCAAAUGAAAUAGGUGUUUAAUUUCAUUAACUGUGAAACAAAUCGAUUAGUAUUUGCAAAUGGAGAAAAGCUUCCAUUCAUUAAAAAAAAGAAAAGGCGCACGCGCUUUUCGUUCGUUUGCAACUUACAAUUUUCCACCAUUGUUUGUGACUCACAUAAAAUGAUUUGUUUUUCUAAAUAUAACUAUAAUUUGGAACAGUAAGCUUGUCUUUUCGGUAUCUUAAACCUUACUCUUGCAGUCUUAUCAAUUAGCCCCCUCCCGUCUGUAACUGCCUCUUAAACCUGGGUCUGAUAGGGUAGACAAGCGCGGGGAUAAUAGAAGGCGAAACCGCUUUCAGCCGGAUUCUUGUGUGGAGGAGCUGGUUGGCUCGGACUUUAUAUUAAGCGGUUUGCUGAGUCUUAGCUGCAGCAUCCUUUUAGACCGAUCUGUAUGUGCGAGUUGUUAGAAGCAUGUGCAGUUGUUUUAAAAAAUAACAUUAUCAGGCUUUUAUAUACGGGCAGUUUCUUUAUCGUGCGUCUGUAUUAAUAAGACAAAAGAGGUGCACGCGUGGAGCACUUUUCGCCUGUGCUACUGGAUACAUUGCGAGGACAUUCUCAUUUUAUUGACCAGACCCGCUGGCUUUUGUUCAUCCUAGUUUGUCGUGCGUUUUCAGGUUGUAGCUCAUCUUCUCAUCGGAGCUACGAUCCCUUAGUAGCGCAGUAUAGAAACGGAGCAUCUGGGUCCUUAGCUUCUAAAAGUGAGCCACCGCUUUUCCGAAAAUGUGCACCCGGCUUUGGUUCGUCACUGACCGCAGAAUCUUCGAAGAUUACCCCCAGAGAGAGAUCUACCGAGCUCUGCAGUCCCGCUGUACUGAUGAGGAGAUUGAAUUCAGGCGGGUCCUGAUGGACGAGAUGGUUAUUACCAUUGAAAUGGGUAAUUUAGGUUUACGGAUCAAUGGUGAAUCUGUUACAGCCUACCCACAAGUGGCAGUAGUACGUGUUCCUACACCCUGGGUCCAGAGUGACAGUGAUAUCACUGUGCUUAGGCACCUGGAGAAGAUGGGUUGCCGAUUAAUGAAUAGACCCCAGGCUAUCCUAAACUGUGUUAACAAGUUCUGGACAUUUCAGGAGCUUGCAGGGCAUGGGAUCCCUUUACCAGACACUUUUUCUUAUGGCGGCCACGAUAACUUUGGAAAGAUGAUUGAUGAAGCAGAAGCUUUGGAGUUCCCAUUGGUGGUUAAAAAUACAAGGGGACACAGAGGAAAAGCUGUAUUCCUGGCCAGAGAUAAACCUCACCUCUCUGACCUUACACAUCUAAUCCGCCAUGAUGCUCCAUAUUUGUUUCAGCAGUAUGUUGAGGAGAGCCAUGGACGUGACAUACGUGUCAUUGUGGUAGGAGGGAGAGUAGUAGGAACAAUGCUGCGUUGCUCCACAGAUGGCAGGAUGCAAAGCAAUUGCUCACUUGGUGGUGUUGGAAUGAUGUGCACUCUAAGCGAACAGGGCAAGCAACUUGCCAUCCAAGUUUGCAAUAUCCUAGGCAUGGACGUCUGUGGGAUCGACUUGCUGACCAAGGCAGAUGGUUCUUUCAUGGUGUGUGAAGCAAAUGCUAAUGUGGGCUUUAUUGCUUUUGACCGUGCCUGCAACUUGGAUGUAGCUGGAAUAAUUGCAGACUAUGCCCUGUCCCUGCUUCCUUGCCGUGGCCUACUUACCAGACGCAUGUCUCUCCUCUCUGUGGUGUCCAGCACCAGCAGUGAAGUCAGUGAAGAAGCAGAUGGUCAGGGAACAGUGGGCCUCCUUCCAGGAGAUAAUUUGUCCAGUGCUUCAUUGGACAGCAAUGAGGAGAUGCAGUCAGCAGGGUUUAACAUCAACUUUAAUCAACUGAAACUUCUGGUAGAAUGAAGUGUUUUAGGGGUAAGGACUGAUUCUAGAAUAACUGGCUACACCCAUUACUUCAAAGAUUUUUUUUUUUUUUUUUUUUGUUAUAUAUAUAUAUUUUUUUUUAAUACACUAGUGGCUUGACCCUAGUGAAAUGAGUGGCAUGAGUUUCUGUAUGGAACUUUUUAGUGUUUCUGUUAAUGUGUUUAUUUUCAAAAAUCUUAAUCGCUUCUGAGUGACUGAAAUGGAAAUAGAGGUUAACAGUCUUAUUUUAAAGCUGCUAGUGUCAAUGUGAAUGCUGAUAUUCUGAACACUGACAAAUAUACCCACAUUUGUGUCUGGGGAAUUUGAGCCAUUCUCUGCACACUUUAAAAAGCUCUGAAGGCUUUUAAGAUGCUUUUUCCCCUUCCCACACAACUAGAAAAAUUAGGUUUUAAUUUUCUGUGGCCUAAGGUCAUGUAAGGAUACCUUUUUAUUUUUAAUUAUAAAUCUAUCAUUUUAAAGUGGUUAGGUAUGCUUAAUUUCUGGCAUGUCUUCAGCUGUGCUGCAUAAUGAAGUCUCCUCCCAUCUGACAAUUUACCAUGUAACUCUUAAGUAUUUGCUGCAGCAAUUUCCUAUUUUGAACAUAAAUUGGAAACAUUUUGUAGUUUCUUGGACAUUACAGAUACUUGGUUUUGAAAAAGGUUUAUGAAUAAAAUACAGCCCUUACAGUUUAUGCAGACAUCUGUCUAGGCCAUAUCUUUCCAAUGGUUCUGAUAAACCACUUGUUUAAUACUUCAAUUAAGCUGGUCUUUAAAAAUAACUUUUUACUCAUUUGUCCUUUAGCCUUAAAAAAAUACAUAUUUUUUUUUUAACCCCCAAAGUAAAACAGUGCACCCCUCAUAACAGUGCUGGUCUAGAGAUGUGAUGCUAUGGUUCACAUGGACAUUCCUAAUCCUUGUUAACACUAAAUUAUGGAUUUAUUUAUUUAUUUUUUUAAAAUAAACUCCCUACUUUUUUUCCCCCAAUCCCUGCUAUAGUAUUUUCUUUAGCAAGACUUCUCAAUAUCAAAUUAGAAUCCAAGUGUAAGCUAAACAGGAGCUCUGUGUCCAUAUGCUACUUGUUUCCAUUUUUAUAUCAAGUCCGUUAAACAA